AUGGCACUGUAUAUUCCCUCCCAUUUUCAAUGGUUUUCUUUUCCGGCCAUUAUACUUCCUUUUCUCCUUUUACUGCUCCUCAUGCAGAGAAGUAAGACAGGAAGAGCCUUGAAGUUCCCUCCCGGUCCCUUCCACCUUCCCAUUCUUGGCCACCUACUACAUAUCAACCUUAGCUUGCCUCACCAAUCACUAUGGCUACUCUCCACAAAACAUGGACCUCUCAUGCAUCUACAGCUGGGCGUUAAACCGACUGUAGUUGUUUCAUCUGCUAGAAUGGCUAGAGAGGUGUUGAAAUCUCACGAUCAUGCAUUCUCUCAUAGGCCUUCUCUCAUCUCCAACAGAACGCUCAGUUACAAUUUCAUGGAUGUGGCUGUUUCACCUGAUAAUAGCGAUUAUUGGAAAGACAUGCGCAAGAUCUUGGUUCGCGGGCUCUUGAGUGCAAAGACUGUGCGGUCGUUCCGGUCCAUUAGGGAGGAAGAGGUCGCCCGAAUGAUCACGUCAAUUCACCGUUCUUCUUCUUCUCCUCUGCAACCUGUUAAUCUGAAAGAGAUGCUGAUUACUCUCACCAACAACAUAGCCUGCAUUACAGCUUUCGGUAAGAGUUAUGAAGGAGGAAGUGAGAAUGAGAAGGCCAAAAUGCGUGGAGUUCUUGCGGAAGGGGCAUACUUGUUGAACCAUCUCUUCAUUGCAGACUUCUUGCCGUGGAUGUGGUGGAUCGAUGCCGGCGGUGGAUUGUAUGCCAAGCUCAGAAAGAGUUUCUUGGAAUUGGAUGACCUUUAUGAGCAGAUCAUUAAGGACCACCUUGAUCCCAAGAAGCCAACGCCAGAGCGGGAAGAUUUUGUAGAUGUCUUUCUUCGACUCCAGAAAGAUUCACGUCUCACCAGAGAUCACUUGAAGGGAGUUAUGAUGAAUAUUUUAUUUGGUGGAACUGAUACAAGCGCUACGGUGGUGGCAUGGGGAAUAGUAGAGCUGUUGAGGAGUCCACGGGCGAUGAAGAAAUGCCAGGAAGAGGUUAGAAGGAUUGUUGGAAGGAAAGGCAAAGUAGAAGAAGACGACCUUAACCGACUUCAAUACAUCAAGUCAGUGAUAAAGGAAACAAUGAGACUCCACCCGCCACUAACGAUGUUGCUUCCACAUGAAAGUACACAGCACUGCAAGAUCGACGGAUAUGAUAUUCUCCCCGGCACUAUUGUCAUCAUCAAUGCAUGGGCAAUAGGCAAGGACCCUGAAUCGUGGGAGAACCCAGAUGACUUCUUGCCGGAGAGAUUCAUGAAUAGCUCAAUAGACUACAAAGGGAAAGAUUUCGAGCUCAUACCCUUUGGAGCAGGCCGGAGGGGCUGCCCUGGGCUUCAUUUUGCAGCUCCGACCAUGGAGCUUGCUUUGGCAACCCUUCUGUACUGUUUUGAUUGGAAAAUGCCUGCUGGGAUGAGCAAGGAGGACAUAGACAUGACGGAGGCUCCUGGUAUUACAGUAUUCCCAAAAUCCAAUCUUAGCCUCGUGCCUACCAAAUAUGACUAUGCUUUUAUGGACUAA